AUGACCACUCCCUCAAGCCAAGUGGCGAAGCUGUCGUUGGCCCUCAUCUUCGUCCUCGCUUCCCUCUCCGCCGUCUCCGCCACCGACCACAUCGUUGGUGCCAACCGUGGCUGGAACCCUGGCAUUAACUACACCCUUUGGGCCAACAACCAGACUUUCUAUGUCGGCGACCUCAUUUCAUUCAGGUACCUGAAAAACCAGUACAAUGUGUUUGAGGUGAACCAAACUGGGUAUGACAACUGCACUACGGAUGGAGCUAUUGGGAAUUGGACAAAAGGCAAAGACUUCAUAACCCUUAAUAAGGCUAAGAGGUAUUACUUCAUUUGUGGCAAUGGCCAAUGCUUCAAUGGCAUGAAAGUCUCUGUUCUUGUCCAUCCUCUUCCUCCUCCUCCUGCUUCUGCUGUUGCUGCUGAGCAUUCCUCAACCCCAUCCUCUGCUGCUCCAAUGCUUUUCUUUGUGGGAUCCUGGUUUUCUCUUCUCACGUCUUCUUCUGCUUUGGUUUGGUUUGGAUUUGGUUGGAUCUAGCAAAUGUGUUCCUCUUUGGGGUUUUAUAAUUCAUUAUUCUCAUUUCCUUUUCCUUGUAAGACAUUCUAGACAUGGUUUUGUCUUGUGAGGCUCCACAUUAAUUUCAAACCUAUACCAUUCCCAUUUUGUUCUUUCUUUCUUUCUUUCUUUCUUUUCUUGGGUUCUUGCUCUUUUCGCAUUUUCUAAGGCAAUAGACAAACUUCCUAAGUUUGGUGUGGCCUGAUUGGUGAACCCUGAAGGUUGUCUUUUCCAACUGGAGUAUACUUGUCUGUCUAUUCAGAUGCAUAAGGAAAAAAUAUGCUUAUGAUGCUUAUACAUUCAUAUGGAACUGGAUUCAAGAACCCUAAAUUUAGUAAAAACAUCAACACAGAGAGGCAUUUGUGUGCAAUAUAUGCUUUCGGGGAAAUUGACAAAGAAUAUUCUGGUGUUUUUAUACGAAGUUAUAGUUUAUGUAUUGAUUCUGAUGUAAUCACGUGGCUGUGCUUGCGACCUUGAAGUAAGAUGAUAGAUCUUAUGUGU